AGUGUUGCGUCUAUAAGACAGACUGUGUGUUUGACAGCGUGUCAUUAAUAGACCAGUAUGGAGCUCAGUUCACUUCCUCUAAUGCUCUUGCUGAUUUCAAACAUCCAGCCUGGACAAACUAAAGAGAGCCUAAAGCCUGUAGUGAUUAUAGAGCCUGACAAAAAUGAAACCGUCACUGUCAGAUGUAAAAUACCAGGAAAUGAAGACGACUGGACAUACAGCUGGUUUACAGAUGGAUUAUCUCAGCCCUUCAGCACUGGCAGAGAAUUCCGCUUCAAAAUUGAGGUAUCUGACAGCAGUAACAUCACCUGUAGAGGACAGAGAAAAAGUGACAGACAGAAGUCAGAGUUCAGUGACGCUGUUACACUGACUGUGUCAUUUCUUCCAGAGACACCUAAACCUGUUCUGACUGUUCAGCCUGAACCAUCACAGAUAUUCAGAGGAGAGACUGUCACUCUCACAUGUGACAUACAGGGGGAAGGAUGGACAUACAGAUGGCAGUGUGGAGAUACAGCGCACACCUCUGAAGAGAAAGAGCUCAAGAUCACUGUACAGAUCAAACAGAUGUGCAGGUGUUACAGCUGCAGAGGAUCAGACUGCUCUAAAAAGAGUGAUGCAGUGACUCUGACUGUGUUUGAUAAACCCAGAGUGACUGUGAAGCCCCAGAGUUCAGUGUUCACUGGAGACACAGUUACUCUGAGCUGUGAUGUGGGACAGUCAGCUGGACUGAGGAUUACCUGGUACAAAAACUUUGUGAGAUUAAAAUCUGAUGCUGAAACAGAAACACUGAGAGACGUGAGUCUCUCUGAUGGAGGAGAGUACUGGUGUGGUGUACAAAGAGAAAACAAGGCCACAACACAAAGUCAAAGAGUCAAGCUAACAGUAAGAGAGAGACCCAAAGCUGUAGUGCGUGUUCAGCCUGAUGGACGAGUGUUCAGAGGACAGACGGUCACUCUCACAUGUGACAUACAGGAGACAGACGUCACUAGCUGGAGCUACAUCUGGAAGAAAGAUGAUUCAGUGAUUCAUGAGAGUCAAUCAUGGGAAUACAGAAUCAGUUCUGUUAAUGAAUCUCACACAGGUCAUUACAGCUGUAGAGGAAGAGAGAAGGACGGAUCACGAUACUCACACACCAGUGAUGAAGUUACACUGACGCUAUCAGAUAAACCCAGAGUGACUGUGAAGCCCCAGAGUUCAGUGUUCACUGGAGACACAGUUACUCUGAGCUGUGAUGUGCGACGCUCAACUGUACUGAGGAUUAUCUGGUACAAAAACUUUGUGAUAUUAAAAUCUGUUGCUGAAACAGAAACACUGAGAGACGUGAGUCUCUCUGAUAGAGGAGAGUACUGGUGUGGUGUACAAAGAGAUAACAAGGCCACAACACAAAGUCAAAGAGUCAAGCUAACAGUAAGAGAGAGACCCAAAGCUGUAGUGCGUGUUCAGCCUGAUGGACGAGUGUUCAGAGGACAGACGGUCACUCUCACAUGUGACAUACAGGAGAAAGACAUCACUAGCUGGAGCUACACCUGGAAGAAAGAUGAUUCAGUGAUUCAUGAGAGUCAAUCACAGGAAUACAGAAUCAGUUCUGUUAAUGAAUCUCACACAGGUCAUUACAGCUGUAGAGGAAAUGAGACGGACGGAUCACGAUACUCACACACCAGUGAUGAAGUUACACUGACGCUAUCAGGUUUUCCAAGUUCUGAAGCUCCAUUGCCAGUUACACUGACGGCAUCAGGUUCAGAAGCUCCAUUGCCAGUUCUCUCAGUUGUCAAACUGAUCAGUUUUCUACUGGCAGCUUCUCCAUAUCUGCUAGUGUCGUUCAUUAUAGGAGUCAAAAGCUACAGAGUUCAUGGUGAAAGAUCUGGACUGCAGGCAGGCCAAUUCAGCACCCGGACUCUUCUACGGUGAAGCCAUGCUGUUGUAAUCGCUGCAGUAUGUGGUUUUGCAUAGUCCUGCUAAAAUACACAAGGCCUUCCCUGAAAUAGACAUCAUCUGGAAACCUUUAUAUACCUUUCAGCAUUCAUAGUGCCUUCCAAAACAUGCAAGGCACUAUGGCCCAUAACGUAUGCACUUAUGCACGCCCUUACCAUCAGAGAUGCUGGCUUUUGAACUGAACGCUGAUAACACACUGGAAGGUCUCCGUCCUCUUUAGCCUGGAGGACACGGCGUCCGUGAUUUCCAACACGAAUGUCAAAUUUGGACUCGUCUGACCAUAGAACAUUUUUCCACUUUGAAACAGUCCAUUUUAAAUGAGCCUUGGCCCACAGGACACGAUUCUUCUGGACCAUGUUCACAUAUGGCUUCCUUUUUGCAUGAUAGAGCUUUAGUUGGCAUCUGCAGAUGGCACGGCGGAUUGUGUUUACCGACAGUGGUUUCUGUAAGUAUUACUGGUCCCAUUUAGUAAUGUCAUUGGCACAAUCAUGCCGGUGAGUGAUGCAGUGUCAUCUGAGGGCCCGAAGACCACGGGCAUCCAAUAAAGGUCUUUGGCCUUGUCCCUUACGCACAGAGAUUUCUUCAGUUUCUUUGAAUCUUUUGAUUAUGUUAUGCACUGUAGAUGAUGAGAUUUCCAAAGCCUUUGCAAUUUGACGUUGAGGAACAUUGUUUUCCACAAUCUUUUUAUGCACUCUUUCACAGAUUGGAGAGCCUAUGCCCAUCUUUACUACUGAGAGACUCUGCCUCUCUAAGACACCGCUUUUAUAGCUAAUCAUGUUACAGACCUGAUAUCAAUUAACUUAAUUAGUUGCUAGAUGUUCUCCUAGCUGAAUCUUUUCAAAAUGUCUUGCUUUUUCAGCCAUUUGUUGCCCCCGUAGCAACGUUUUUUAGACCUGUAGCAGGCAUCAAAUUUGAAAUGAGCUCAUUUAGUGGAUAAAAGUGUAAAAUUUCUCAGUUUAAACAUUUGUUAUGUUAUCUAUGUUCUAUUGUGAAUAAAAUAUUGGCUCAUGUGAUUUGAAA